AACACUUGUGAUGUAACUUUUUACAGUUUUUUGUACGCGCAAUCGAUCUGUGAUAAAUAUUGCAAUUCUGAACAGUGUCUGUAGGAUAAGUUACUGAAGCCCGAAAAAACUCACAUCAUUUUAUUAUUAUUUAUUACAGUACGUAGUUAUAGUAAAAAUAAAAUUAGAGUACUUUGUCCCUGAGUUACACUUAUUAAUUCCUUUAUUUUUGUUUUUGGAAUGAGACUUCAUAAAAAUCCUUACAUUUGUAGAAAUCAGGAAACACUUAUGUAAAUGUUAUAAGCUAAAAAUUAAUUUUUGAAAAUGUUAGAUUAGAGUAUAUGCCUCAUACACGUCAGUUGUAUAUUGAAUUAUAGAAAAAAUAUUUUAAUCAUAAGGUAUUCAAAAUAUUUUCCACUAUUGAAGGAGAAUUAAAGAGCAGAUGUAGUAAACCAGCAUUUUAACUUGAAAUGUGGAGUUAAAAAGGAAUUUUAUACAUGUGUGGGUAAAACGAUAUACCAAUAGGGAAAAUUGGAUUAAAGAUAUUUAGCCAAUAACUACUAAACCAUUUGAAAGGAUUCAAAGUUUCAUUUUUAAAAUGAAAACAAGCCCGAUAAAGAAUAACCUUACUGAGUUGAAGCGGGGGAUUUCUGAGAUGAAAACUAUAUCAUCAAAUUUUCAAAGAUUUCGGGACAGUGUGGAAAAUCCAGUAGAAAGAAGUGGGUAUGUUUCACAAGAGUCUACCGAUGUGGAACCACUCAUUACCUUUCCAGAUCCAGAUACACCAUCACCACCUCCUACAAAUAGUACAACGAUUCUACCAGGAGUAACAACAUCUCAAAUAAGUCCUUUGAGUGCCAUUGAUACGUUUGAAAGUUUGGAUCCUGCGUUAAACAUAGUAGAUUUUCACAACACAUCAAGUCAUCCUCUUAACGUUGAAAACAUUAAGUUUCAACAAAAAAAGAUUACAAGUGGCUCAAAAACCAAGGUAUCAUAA